AUGGCCAGCACAUUGGGAGACCACGAUGGCUCCAUGCCACAUUAUAGAGUUCCAGGAACCGCUAGGUCCUCAACGGCUGCUUCGACGACAUCUUCCUCCACAAGAAUUGCCCUCUUCAACUCCCUCACUCCAUCCAGUACAGCCCUGGUCAGCGAGUGUGUGGACACACCAUAUCGCCCAAUACCAAAAACCUUGAAGAUAUCUUGGCAAUGGAACAAACUACGAACUUUCUUUCUCGGCAAUGAUGGCUGCUCAAAGAUGUUUGCUGUAUCCGAACACUCUGGACUUUUUGGCCGAAACUCAGGUUCGCCUUGUCUUCUCCUCCAUAACGGACCAACCGGAAAGGACGAAAUACUAGCAGCAGCUGGCGAGACGCUGCGGGACGGGUUAUCUGACCCAGGUGUUGUAGAGAGUAUUGUCAACGUAUCCGCAGCCCCUGGGUCAGACAUCGAUACAAGGGUUGCCACUGAGAUCGUACAGGCACUAUACGAUGAAACCGAGCAGUGCGUGGUAUUCCGAUGGGCAGUAGAAACAAAGCAAGCAGAGACAGUCCAAGACUGCAGCUUUAUUCGCGAAGAAUUCGAGUGGUCCAUGACACCGCUCCAAGCGGCCAAGGAUCCUAAAUAUUGCCACGAAUUCAAGCUCUAUCGAACUGGGGAUAUGAAGGCGCCAUUGGAAUACCUCGCCAUGGCCUCCUGGAAGGAGGCAGCAUGGAAGACAUGCAAGAUUGAGUUCUCUGAUAAAGCAAUGCAGCAGAACCUUGGAGAUCGGUGGUCUCUAAUGGUGGUGAUGUCCGCCUUGAGGAUGUGGCAGCUCGGCCGAACAGGACAAGCAUCUUUGGAGUAUGUAUCGAACUGA